AUGAUAAGCCGAAGACUUUAAAGUAUAUCUUCAAUAUAUGUUACCUCUGUCCUAAAAUUAGAUAAAGAGGCAAGUGCCAGCCACUUUGUCAAUGAGGGCAUUGAAGUAAGACAUCCAUUGUCAAAGCUUUUAUAUUUAAAUACUUAGAUCUGCAUCUCAAUUGGGCUUUGCUUAUCUAAAUAAAUAUCCGGGGAAAUCUAGAAGAGUUUCGAUAUGCUAGAGUAAUAAGCCUAUGAAGUCUGUGCUAUAUGGAUGGACAGCAUUGAGGAAAUCGGGAGCAAUCUCGUAAGUAUUGCAGUUCAUCGACCUAAUUUAAGUUUAUUGAUUGAGUACAAGAAAGAAAUGACUAGUUGUGUAGUGUGA